AUGCUCUCUCCUCGGGCUGAAAAAUACGAGGUUGACACGGGGAAGGAAGUCAUCCUCACCAAGCUUCUCCUGGGGCUCAUCGUGGUCGCCUUCGGUGUGUUCAUGGGGUGCACAAUCUGGGUUAAGUUGAAGCCCAGGUAUGAGGCGGAGUGGAAGCCGAAGCUUAAGCCCAAGCUUCAGGACUGCAGGGAGAAGUAUGAGGGCUGGAAGGAGAAGAUGGGGGCCUGGCAUGGCCCCAACGAACCAAAGGCGCCAGCGCCUGCUCAUGUGGCUCGCCACAUUUCUCAGACUCCGGAUAUCGACCGGAUCACUUGUGAUCUGACUCCGAAGUACCUGAGAAAGUCGACGGCCAUCGUCUAG